AUGCAGAGCCCCCAAGCGCGAGCCCCCUCUGAAGGGUCUAGUGGAAGGGGCCGGGGACGCACAGGAAACUUACCUCACCCGGGCAGCAUUCGGGUGCCUCCGCUACCAAGACCAGUUGCGCCACAGUCUGCAAGUUAUCGGGAGGUUGUCGCUUCCCCACGGCCAAGGGAGAGCAGUGCAGGCGAGGGGCGGGAGGCGCAGCGGCGCGGAGUGGGCGGCGGGUGGGGCCGGGGCCGGGGGCAGCACUGGGGGCGGGCAGGUGCCGGGGCUGGAGCCGCGGGGCCAAACUCGCUCGGACGCGCCUUGGCGGGGGCGCGCGACUACGAGUAUGCAGUGCGCGCGCGCCGCGGCGAGUGUGUGUGUCCCCGCUUUCCCCUUCCUUCCCCGCCGGUCCUUCGGCCAGACGGAGCGGCGAGCGGCCGCCAAAGCCCAGCAGCUCCGAGCGGCUCCACGGCCGGGUGCAGCCUCGCCGCGGCGCGUUCGGGGACCGGGGACCGAGAAGAGCAGCAGCGGCGCCCCCCGGGCUCGGGCGCGGGUUCCCGCUUGGUGCGCGCCGGAGUCGGAGCGAGGCGCAGAGAGAGCCGGCUGCGCGUCGGCUGCCGCGGCUGGGGAGGCUGCAGGCCCCGCCCGCCGGCCGCCCAGGCUCUUCCCCUUUUCUCUCCACCCACUUGCCCCAUCGCCGCACGCCCUGCAGCGAAGCCAGACCGGUUUGCAGCACCGGGAGCGGCGGCGGCCGGAGCUUCAGCCGCAGUGGGCUGGGCGUCCCAGCCGGUGUGUGAGGACCUGGCGCCUGUCCCGCCGCCGCUGGCCCAGACUGAGAGCGGAGUUGAGCUGUUUUCCCAGCCUGUUUCUUCUAGAUGUGGCUGGCCAUUACUGAGAGAUUUAAGUCUUGGAAUUCUGACAUCACCAAAAUAAGCCUGCUGGAAGAUGAAAGACCCCGUAGAGCAGAGCUGAGUCAUAACAGCUGAGGCAUCCUUGACCAGUCAGCCCUCACUUGACUGCAGAGGCACAAGCAAGUCUGAAUGAGAUUGGCUAGGCUUGCUCCAGAUCACCAGAACCAUCCUCCCAACUCGUAGA